ACUACGAUUGUCGCUGUUCCGUCCGUGCAAACUGUAUCGUACCGGUAUCCUGAGAGAAUUCGCUUUUGUGAGAACAAUAACACGAAGUUUAACGUGUUAAAAAAUGUAACGGCUCGCUUAAGGGGCGUAUAAAGAAAAACGGGUCUACCUAUGAGACUGGUUUGCUUGAAACAGAAAAACAAUGUACGAAAAAGAUACUGAAGUUAUGCUUGUAACGUCAGCUUCCUUAAUUUACGGGAACUUGAAAGUGCAUUAUUCAAUAGAGGACGAAACACUACGGUCAUUUGCCGUUAUUCAUGGCGGAUACAUUAAUAUCCUGAUGGCUCAUGGACCGAACGUAAGGCCAAAAUAUUUGCCAUGUAUAGAAAUGGGCACAAAACCAAAGCAUAUCACCGCGUAUGUAACAGAAGUGAAAUGGGCGUUCUUUGGCAACCAGUACCAUCUGUUGGUAACAUCGAACUUAGGAAUCAACGUUUAUGACCAAGAAGGUCAGAUCUUCAAAUUUACUCAUCCAUGCUGUGAUGGCCCAAGGUCUCCAGGGACUUUUGCAAGGGGCAUUGCACUGAUAGGUGACCAGUUGCUCUGUGUUGGGAACAGUUCGGGCUAUAUCUACAUAUUUUGCUAUCCAGAUGAGGAGAGUUGUCAGGUACUGGAAGUAGUAAGGCUCUUUAAGGCACAUGAUCAGGCAGUGAUCUCAUUAGAGAGUGGCAGAAAAACGAUGAUUUCCACUGAUAACUCUGGUGUUAUUACAAUAUGGGCAAUUGACGACAGCAUGAGCCAUCUUGCUACUAUUCCCAGCUUCAGUUCAGUUUGCACGUCUUUGGUGAACUGUGACAGUGUGGUAAUUGCGGGGUAUCUCUCUGGCCACCUCCGCCUAUUUGAGAGCCCAUCUGGUCAGCUUCUUUAUGAUGUGACAGCUCAUGCACGUCCUGUCACAGCUCUCGACUUUACACCUGAAGCUGGAUUAUUGUUAUCUGUAUCGGAAGAUUCUUUUAUUAGAAUCUGGCAGUUGGAACCCGGUGAUAAAUUGGUUCAGCACAAGUCUACUGUACAUGUAAAGGACAGACUCAUAGUUGGCUGCCAGUUCUUGAACAGCAAGGGCACAGAGUUUUGCGUGUCAUGUUAUGAUUCAGCAGAAAUCCUUUGCUACAAAACAUAACAAUGAUGAUGAUAAUAAUAAUAAUAAUGUCCACACUACAGCCACGAGAUUUUUACUUAUACAAAGGUCAGCAGGAUAACAUGAGAAACAUCUUGCACCAAGUCUGAGAAUAAAUCAUUCAAUGAACAUUUAGCCUUUCAUCGGGGGAAAAAAGGGCUGAGCCAGUAAUGAAAAUCACAGUUUCAGUAGAUUCGUUGCAGUGAUAAUUAAGGUCUUUCAAAGGUAUAUGUUAUUUCAUAGAGGUUACAGAACUAAAAAGUUUUAUUUGAGCUUCAAAGCAGUGAACAGAUUCAAUGUUUUUGUAUCUGCAAGAAAGGAAGAAACAGGGUCACAAGCUUAAUUGGGAAAAGGAAUUGGCUAUGCCUUUUCAAAUAAACCAUCCCUGAAUUUGUCAUAAGCAAUUUUAGAGAAACCUUGGAAAACUUAAGCCCUUGUGUCCUGAAUAUAAGCUCAAUAUCUUACCCCUGUGAAGCCUCACCUGGUUUGUGUGUGUGGAAGCUAAUAACAUCUUAAGAUAUUGCCUAACAUGUGCUUUUGGGAGACUGAAUACUUUAUUAAUCACUAGAUCAUAUAAUUUGUCACUCAAAGGAGUAGGAGGAGACCAAAGAAGUACGGAAUACUGUACUGUGCUCUCUCCCAAGAAUAUUGCGCAUAUAAUGAAAUCAUGGGAGGAAAAGUUAACUUAGUAGCAGAAAUGUUCCAUCUUUCAUGCAAGUUAUGAGUGAUUGAGACUGCUGUGAGUUUAUAUUAGCCUGUGGAUCAUGAAUGUUCAGUGGGCACUGACAAACUUGAGCCUUGAUUUAAAGUGCCCUUGUUCAUCCUGGAACCACUGUAUUGUGCAAUGCAAUUACACAAGGUUAAACUGAAUUCCAUUGACAAAAUUAACUUUGUAUCCGUAUUGCACUGAAUAUAUCUGCACAACAGUGCAAAAGUCGACAGCAUUGUUUGGAAACAAACAUGUUUCGUUCACUUACAGUACUUGCUGUUAAUGCUAGAAAUGUCCAUUUUUCUGUUUGCUCUCAAGUUUGCAUUCAGUACUGCUCGGUUCUAUCUCCCUUUGUUUUUUCAGCAGUGUUAGUUGUACAUUGACAGUUACACACAACAGUAUGGACAGGUUUACUGAUGAAGACUUGGCCAAUAUGCAAAUUGUGUAGAUGGGUUGAACGAAUGCAAUGAAGAAACGGCACAGCAGUGUUAUUCUGUGAUGUUCCAGCAGCCACUGCAACCAUAUCACAGUACUGUUCAUUUGAGGGUUGCUGCACUACUCUGUAUUUUGGAUUGUACACUGCAUUAAAGGCAUCUCUCAAAAACAAAGAUAACUGGGGUAACAAAUCAAGUAAAUCAUCAUCAUAUUAUUAUUACUCUGGAAAUGGAAACCACAAGUCCUUUACUAAAAUAUUUAGAAAAUAUCACUCAGCAAUCUACAAAAUUUUGCUGGAGAAGUUCAAGUUCAGUUUUACACAUUCAUAUCACCACCAAGUACAAAUAUGAACAAGAAAGUGUCUUCUUACACCCGACUGAUGAUUUUAUGUGAUUCAUUUUGCUGGAUGAAACUUGUUCUUGGUUGUGUUUUACUUUGUACGUGCAAUGUUUUACAUAGUUUAUACAGUGCUGAUAUGUGAUGAGCAAAUAUGGUAUCAAACAAAUGAUUUUCAAUGUAUUAAUAGAUGCCCUGCAGAGUACAAAUGAUUCUGGAACAACCAAAUCAACUUCAUAUCACUAACUUAAUAGGAACAUACGGAUUAAAUUGAACAGAAUUACUUUUAGACAAGAACAAUGUGAGUAGUCUCUUCAUAAAUGGGUUAGGAAGUAUGGUCCAGAAGUGGCUGCAUAAUACCUAACAAAACUACUAAUCAUCAGCAACAAUUGAUUUUGUAAUCACAACAACUGAUACAAUACAUGAAAGCAGAACCGUUAGUACUGUGAAGUAUUCACACUUCGGAUAUGUUUUUGUUCUCUCUUCCCCCUAAUUAUUUUUGAUACUUGGGUGUUUAACAUACUUCAACCAUGUACUGUGCAAGUGUGCCGUAGAAAGAUUUUAGUUCAAGAUUUGAAAGGCAAUAACCAGAGAAUAUCUGCAAAAAUGUGUCUUACUGCUCAAGCGACCAGUGCUUGGAUCAUAAACACACAGAUCAGAAAAAUUGUUAUGCAUUUGGUGCUGUAUAUUAGUGUGUGUCUGUUGAAAUAAUAGUGCUUAUGGUUAUACAGAAUUUGUCUAUGUUUAUGCGUAACAACUUGACUGUAAAUUUAUUUUCAUUUGUUUUUGCUUAUGUCUGUGUUAUGGCACACAUUUGAUUCUUAGUGCUUAUCUGGGUAA